CGAGAAAUUGCUUUAAGUACAUGAUAAUUGCGGACGUGAUGCGAGAGUUUCAGUGAUGGCUAGGUAUGGAGCCCUCGAGGUGUUCAAAUUUGGAUGCUAUAUCUCCAUCCCCAUUGUGAUGACAAUUUUUGUAGCUGGUGAUCCUGGAAGACUUGAAGCCAUCAUCAGAAACAGGCAAUACGUUGUGUAUCCACCUGAGGGACCCCGCCCACCAACAGCUGAGGAGCUGCACGAGCGCAUCAGGAAGAGCAAGCAGCAGUGAGAUCUAGUAUCAGCACAACUUCCAAGACACCGGCCCAGCCAGCACAGCAGCAAUUACUCAGAUCAGAUGGUGAGCACAAGGAGCAGCGUGGGAAAGAAGAAAUGCUUAGUCACUGGCGGAGCUGGCUUUCUGGGGAAGCACCUUGUGGAGAAGCUGCUCGCGUCGGGGAAGUACGACGUAGUGGUGUUUGAUAUCAGGGACAUGGGGGAUCCCAGGGUGGCGAGUAUUGUGGGGGACCUCAGGGAUGCCAAGCAGGUGGAGGACGCCCUUGCAGGUGUGGAGGUGGUAUUUCACUGCGCGACGGCUGCGCCGGCAGCGGCCAACACGGCCAACAAGGCGCUCAUGCACGAUGUGAAUGUGAAGGGGGCGCAGAACAUCAUCGAUGGCUGCGUGACCCAGGGCAUCACCAAACUGGUGUACACAUCCUCCGCCUCGGUUGUCUUUGAUGGCAAAGACCUCAUCAAUGCAGAUGAGGACACGCCCUACGCAAAGAAACCCAUCGACUUCUACACAGAGACAAAGAUUCUGGGAGAGAAGCUGGUGCUGGCGUCGAACAACAGGAGCGGGCUGGCAACGGUGGCGCUGCGGCCGAGCGGCAUCUUUGGGGAGCAUGACCCGCUGCUGGUGCCCCUGACUGUGGCCAACGCAAAGAAGGGCAAGAUGAAGUACAUCAUCGGCAGCGGCAAGAACCUCAUGGACUUCACCUAUGUCGGCAAUGUGGCCCAGGCCCACCUCCUGGCGGCAGAUCUGCUGCAGCCAGGGGCAAAGUGCGCGGGCAAGGCGUACUUCAUCACCAAUGCAGAUCCGCAGCCAUUCUGGGGGUUCCUGGGGGACCUGUUAGAGCCGCUUGGCUAUGCGCGCCCGAGCAAGAAGCUGCCCUGGCAGCUCAUCUUUGUCGUCGCUGUCAUCGUCCAGUUCAUCAUUUCCCUCCUGAAGCCCUUCAAGGAGAUUCCACCCUCAGAGUUCACUCCCAUGCGCAUCCGCAUUGCCAAGGCCAACAGGCUGCUGGACUGCAGCAGGGCCAGGGCAGAUCUGGGGUACAUCCCAGAGGUGUCCAUCAAGGAUGCUCUUGAGCGAACGGUGAAGCAUUUUGAACACCUGAGGAACCCAGAAGGAGGCAGCAAGAAGUCCUCGUGAGAGAAAGGCAGCUCUCUAACAAAAGAAUAUCUUGAUCCUGGCUCCAGAGGUGAGAUGGAUGAAAUUUUUUUGCAGCAAUGUUGAUGAGUGAAGUUGUGUGACAAGAAACAGUUGUAAUUAAAUGCAGAGUGUUGCUGGUAGUUUCUAAUCCUCUUAGCGGAUUUUUACCAUCAGAUCACACGAAGCAAAUUGCGCCAUGAUGGGCAAUGCCACCAUUGAAACAUUAAUUCACAGAC